GUGCCCAUACUUUGGGCAAUAGAGUGUAUGAGGUUGAGGGUCCCAUCACUUGUUUUCCAUGUUGUUUCAUUUGUGAUUGUUAUUUGAAAUAUUCUGUUGAAUCAAAGCUCCACAGCCAAGUCGAAAUUGUGUUAAACGUGGAUGAGAGGACGUUGGGCUGCCAGCGACUUUGUUCAGUUUCAGGUGACACGCGAGACAUUUGUGGGCUGUUCUUUCAUGGCAGAUUUCUCCACGCCUGUAUAACAUUAGAUGCUCAUCUGUCAUGGAGAUGAGAGUUGGCAGGUGGCCGUGUGACUGAGCAGAUUGCACAGCGAGUGGUCCGAGCCUGAGGUUCAGCUGAACUUGAGGCCCAAAGAUCACCUCAGGCAAGUGGGCACAAGACUGUGCAGCAUUAGGACAUGGCAUAGGCCAAAGCCUCAACACAAAACAGUGGGCCUGAUGACCGGCGCCACCUGAGGCACACUUUGACAUGUCACACAGGUGGGCAUCAAGGGCACGGUGCCACUUACUGGUAUUGGACAGCCACUUUUUUUUUUUUAAUUAAAAUGCUCUAAUUUAUAUUUUUUUCCUGCUGCUUUCUUCCCUCGCUCCGUCACGAGCUUCAUCUUCACUGAAGUGAGUAAUGCAGUUAUUUUUAGCAACCUACUCCUCCGCGGCUUGCUCCCCUUUCUCUUUUUUUUUUUUUUCUUCUUCCAUGGCUUCCUGACAUAAAUAAUGCACUGGAGUGGCAGAGCCUUGAGAUCCUCGUGGCAAUUGAUGUUCGGAGUCGUAGCACAGAAGUAAAUCAAUCAAAGGAAGCCCGAGAACACGGCAAUGGGGCGUCUGGUGACCACUGAGCUCUCGCGCAGCCGAGAUUUGGACACCAGGAGGUGGCCUCCGAAAGCCUGCAGCGGCUCCCAUCAGAUUCACCUGACGACCGAGUACCGGGAGAAAUUCUGCGUGCCUGCCAUUUGUACGUCAAAAAUCGCAAAUGCCCAGGACCGUGUUGGUCCCAGCCAAGUGAUGGGGAGAGCAGCUUUGAAGCCCGGUGACACACGACAUGGAGUGGCCCUUACAGCAGCCAAGACGAUGCCGAAGUACACCAAACCGCAGACCACCAUGGAGCUCGUCACCACCUACUCACAGGAAUACAGACGACAUCAGGUUGAAGAGGGCAGAUCGGCCCACCGGGGACGUGUCACCAGACUGGAUGUGAUCCCAUCAUGCACAGGGAGGUGUAAACGGGUGUGCAGCUCCUCAAGAACGAGCCCAACCUCUAAGCCCCACCAGAGGCCCCCCAGUCACUUGUGUUUAAACGUCUCCAAAACUGACCACCCACCUUCUGGCCAGUUGUCCCAAAGAAGCAGCACUUCAAAGACCCCACCCAGCCCUGAAGCCAAAGAAGACCGCCGCGUUGUUACCAGUGAGCCUCCUUCCACCACGAGAAGGGACAUCCCGUUUGGGGGCCUCACCACUUACACAGCCGACUAUAGGUGGGUGAACGUCGAGAGGCGCAGAAGCUCAGAAACUCCUCCGUCCCAGCUGAGGGUCACGCGCCGGACCUCCUCAUCCUCCAUGUGUGCCCACGCUGUCAGAGCUCCACCAGUGGUUUCCCUCCAGCGGGUAGUCGUGACCCACCGCGUCCAUCGGGAGGUCUAUUUGACGCUCCACGCUCUGACGUCGGUGUGCGAGCUGAGCCGAGUGGUGUGGGGAAAGGAGGACUGGGACCCCCAGAGCCCCUCCAAGGAAUUGACGGAAGUGACUGUGCUGCUUCAACAGGUGACUGUGGUCCAGCGUGACUGUCACAGAGUCUGUCACGGACACUAGACGGUGGGGGUCCAGCUUGUUAAAGACCCCUGAUGUUUGGUCACCGUUCACUCUAAGGAGGAAUACAAAGCAAAAAGCUGAAGGUUGUUAGUGGAGCACUUUAUAGCGCCUUUCAUCUGCUGCUGUAUUUCUUUUAUAUGCCAACUUUGAAUUUUGUCUGAUA